AUGCAAAGGCGAGGGAACGUUCAGCACGGUGAAUAUCGUGACAAAAAACGCAAUGAUAAAGCCAAGGUCACCCUAGUUCACAAGUCAGACAAUCCCGAGAUUGCUACUCCAGGUGGAAUCAAUGGAGCUGAGGCGAUCACCAGUUCAGACUCACCGGAGGGUCGUGUAACCAGCAAAUUUGGCUGGCAGGAUAUCAGGAAGGAUUUUGUCGGGAUCGAGUGUGCAUUUGGAGCUUGGGGAAUAGAGUGGGGCCCUCAAAGUGGGUGGAACAAACACUUUCACAGAGAGCUUGACUUUGCUCGAGCAAAAGGACAGCUGGUGGUUGAUUAUUUGUUUCUGAGAUGGGAUGAGCAUAUCCGUGUUGGGAGGGUUAUUUUGGGGAGGAUAAAGCUGUUUAAUUUGACUCACCUAGCGCGAACUGCACCCACAGAACUGAUGGCCGUCGGUCUGAGGAUAUUUGAGAUGAUCGUGUCGCUAAUGUCGGAGGUCAGGUUUUUCGAGUUGAAACUGGAAGAGUAUGCUGCUGUUGUACCACCAAACAAAGUGUCAGAUAUCAAGUACAUAGGCAUCAGUGUAGAUCUACUUUUAGCAGAUAGAUGUACACCUGACAACAAUCUGUGA